GCUCGUUGUGUUGUGCGCCCCGCGCCGUGGAGGGACCUGCUCGGUGGAUGCGGUGGAUGCGCACGGGAUGCUCCUUCCCGCACUUGUGUCGCGCGCAGUGAAGCCAAAGAUUUGAACGAACGAAAAGCUCGAGUCGUGUCUGAUCAUGAGGUGCUGCUGGCUGGCGUUCGCCUCGCGUUUUGUCCUGCUGCCACUUUCAGUUUGGUGCCAGCCGGUCAUCUCGCCCAGCGGGCCCCACGUAGUCGUUCCCCAGGGGGGAAGGCUGGAGCUGCGUUGCCAUGACAGCGACGCGACGUCUGCCUCCCCGUCCGGGGUGAGGUGGGAGAGAGCUCACAGGUUGGAGGGAGAGGUGAAGGAAGGCGCAGUGGCCUCCGUCACGUUGCCGGAGGCCAAGGGCCACCACAUGGGUCGCUACGUGUGCGUCAACAACAGCACGCGGCAGCACAGCUCCAUCUACGUGUAUGUCAAAGAGCCGCAGAAAGCGUUCCACAGCACGCUGGUGAAUAACCUCCUGGCGCGCGCCGGAGAUAACUGCACCAUCCCCUGCCUUGUGACCGACCCCGAGGUCUCCCUGCUGGCCUUGGAGACGUGCGAUGGAAAACCUUUGCCCUCUAAUGUGAGUUACCGCAGCGACCUGCAGCGAGGGGUCACCAUCAGCAGCAUCAGCAAGGAGAACGAGGGCUGCUUCAGGUGUGUGGGGCAGCUCGCUGGGGUCAAAGUGAGGUCGAGUAAUUACACGGUGGACGUACGACUCGUGCCAGAGGUGCCUCCAGGGAUCACGUUGUCCCACAAAGGAACAGUCAUCCUAAGGAGGGGAGAGACGUUUGACGUGACCUGUAGCUCCAACAACGUCAACCCGGCCCUCAGCGUCAAGUGGGAAUUCCCUUCAACAGCGCACCCCGAUGAAUCCGACACCUCACACAUCCUGUCCGGUUCCGGCGGAUACCAGCGCGUCGCCUCGCUCUCGAUCAAAGCUGUCAACCAAUCAGACUCGGGCACUUACCGCUGCCGCGCCCACAACGAGAGAGGCAGCAGUGCCACAUCGGUGACGCUGGACGUCCGGGAUAAGGGGUUCAUCACCACGUUAGGAAGCCCAGGUCCCAUCCAGGCCGAGGUCAAAGAGGGGCAGAGCCUGAGCCUCAGGGUGGAAUUCAAUGCCUACCCGGCCCCCAGCUCCCUGUCGUGGGCUCACAACGGCAAACGGCUCCUCAACACCACGGAGCACGUCAUCGCCGUCCACCGCGGCAAAUACAGACUGCUCAGCGAGCUGCGACUCGUCAGGGUCCUCCGCUCGGAGGGCGGGAUCUACGAGGUGUCGGCCAGCCACGAGGACGCCGCCGUCCAUCAUACAUUCCACGUGUACGUCAUCAGCAAGCCGGUUAUCAUCGGCCAGGACGGCCCUAUUGAUGGGCAGGUGCGGUGCAUCGCCGCUGGUUACCCAGUUCCUAGGAUCAGCUGGUUCUUCUGUGAGCUGCCCCACACCAGGUGCUCGCUGCUCCCCAACGCCACAGAGUGGGAGACUGCGGAUGUUGCCGUGGUGACAGAUUCCUCCUUUGGUCGUGGCGAGGUGGUGAGCCGGCUGAACGUGAGCACGGAGCACGCGCACUAUCACACCCUGGAGUGCGUGGCGAGCAUGGAGGGCGAGGAGGUCUACACGCUGUUCUCCAUCAGCGAGCGCAUCGUCCCCCAUAAACUCUUCACUCCUCUCCUCACUGGCACGGUGGCCACCGGCAUCCUGCUCAGCCUCAUUCUCGUGGUGCUGCUCUAUAAAUACAUGCAGAAACCAAAGUUCCAAACCCAGUGGAAGGUCGUCGAGAGUAUCCACGGCAACAACUACGUAUAUAUCAACCCCACCCAGCUGCCGUAUGACUCCAAGUGGGAGUUUCCUCGACAGAAACUACGCUUCGGUAAAACCUUGGGCUCUGGGGCGUUUGGAAAGGUAGUGAGGGCCACAGCGUAUGGACUCUGCUCCGCAGACACCGUUACAACUGUUGCCGUUAAGAUGCUCAAACCCAACGCUCACGCUACGGAAAAGGAGGCGCUGAUGUCAGAGCUGAAGGUGCUCAGUUACCUUGGAAACCACGUGAACAUCGUGAACCUGCUGGGGGCCUGCACUGUCGGAGGCCCGAUUUUGGUGAUCACAGAGUACUGUUGCUAUGGCGACCUCCUCAACUUCCUGCGCAGAAAUAGAGAGGCCUUCAAGAACUCCCAAGUUGGGGAUGGUUACUAUCGCAACGUGUCGAACCCAACGGAGCACACAGCGAGCGGAGAGGUGACUGCUACCGAAUACGUGCCCAUGCGUCCCUCUGAGAAAGAAGGGUCCUUCCAGUCAGUCGACGCAGAGGAGCUGUCUCUGGACCCCGAAGACCUCCUCAGCUUUUCCUACCAGGUGGCCAAGGGAAUGGAGUACAUUACCUCCAAGAACUGUGUCCACAGGGAUCUUGCUGCCAGAAACAUUCUGCUGACUCACGGCAGGGUGGCAAAGAUCUGCGACUUUGGGUUGGCACGUGACAUCACCACCGACGCCAGCUAUGUGCUCCGGGGAAACGUCCGCCUGCCCGUCAAGUGGAUGUCUCCCGAGAGCAUUUUUGACUGUGUCUACACUUUCGAGAGUGAUGUGUGGUCCUACGGCAUCCUGCUCUGGGAAAUCUUCUCUCUGGGUCACAGCCCGUAUCCCGGGAUGCAGGUGGGCUCAGCAUUUUACAGCAGGAUUCAAGACGGCCACAGGAUGAGCCGCCCCGACUUUGCUCCCAUCGAGAUGUACGACAUGAUGUUGUCCUGUUGGAGCCACGAUCCUCUGAAGAGACCGGCCUUCAGUAAACUGGUGGAGCGGAAUGAACUACUUCUGUCAGAAAAUACCAGGAAUGUGUACCUGAAACUGAGCAAUUCUCCCGAUCAUCCCGACCAGCAGAGGGCGCCAUCACGGAGGCUGAGCUCAGUCUGCAGCACCACGGCGCCAAACCAGCCUUUGCUGCAAAACACUGCUGAUGUCUUCCAGGAAUAUGUCUGACACACACUCUGACACACACACACACACACACACGCACACACACACUCUGUAUAUACGGCCCUGCUCUUGGCUCUCAGUACUGGCCUCUAUGUAAUCGCCCCUUUGUCUUAUUGAUCUCUGUGGUCAGCAUAUUCACGUGUAUAAAUAGCCGACUGCAGCACGUCAGAUGCAACAUCUCCGAUCAGCAGCACGGGGAGUCUUGGUGACCUUCAGGCUUAGUUUGCGUGUGAAAACCUUUGACUGAGAGUACAUGAGCACAGUGGAUGAGUGGACUGUUUAUGGUUUUGUUGUGUUGGGAUUCUCUCCCUUUUUAUAGGAAUGUUGGGCCUUCAUAGAAACGAAAGCUACUGCUGUCUUGCAGAGAGUUGGAUAAGAAGAUUAAUAUCACCUUAAAGGUACCUGUGCGUCGUUUAGAUUAGUGUAAAUACUGAAAACAAGGGAACAGGGAGCCUGGUUCUGUCCUAUAGUCUCUAUACACAUUUGCUAUCUACUUUUUCACCUUAUUAAACUUUUCAUUGAUUAACUGAUGAACUAUGAUUUUCCUCGAGUUGUCCUCAGGUCGGUCCGCUGGUUGCCUGGCAACCUCAUCCAAACUAAAGCUGUGGUGCGCCAGAGUUAUUAUUACUUGUCCACGUAUAAGUAGACUUACGCUAGCCAGGCUAGUUGUUUCUUAAUACCUACCUAGUUUAACAGCUUCAUGUCAUGUCAUUCAUGUCAGGCAAUUAGGAGCUUUAUCCCAAAACGUCAUAAUAUCAAUAACUUCAGUCCCUAACAAAUGCUGUUUACCUGAAGCUUCACCAGGGCUUAACAAAAGAUACCUGCUGCUCAUUUAACAUUAUAACAAACGAGCCACAGCAAGGUGGCAUGUCAGCGAUAACUAAUAAUAAAUCACAACGCGCUGAGUUGCUGAAACACUGAUUACCACCGCUGGGUUGUAGCUUUGAAUGCUGUAACUAAUAAGUGACUAACGUGUCGUAUUGUUGUAAGUGAGUUAGCUUCAGUCUGUGGCCACGCGUUACGUCAAACAGGUAUGCAAUGUAAAUACUACAGAGAUGUGCCUUUAGAUUUCUUCUUUAAAUACUGAAUGCGUUUGACGGUGACAUAGUGGUUGUUGUCGAGAGCCAGAGGAGCUUCUGUGUGCGUUUCCAGACUGAUGCAGUUUUGAUACAGUUGGUUGACUUGUAACAAUAAAGAAAGUACCUGUGAUGGUAGAACCGAA